CAGAAAAAAAGAUUUCGGAAACUUGUCAAAGCAGUGUGCAGGGCACUUGUGCUCAAAUAAACCAAUGGCAUUCUUCGGGGUUACAAACUGUGGUUACCAGAAUCCACUUGGAGAUCGGAUGCUCCCUAAAACUUCCGACACUCAAGAUCGGGUUAGAGUGCCAGAAUUACCUCCCAUUCAUCCCACGAGGAGGCCGUCGUGUACCGACACAUGCAGUAUUUACAACCAACCUCUCCCUUACAGCAUAGACUUACAUCGCGGCAGCCAACUGAGCUAUAGAGAAAUGCUAAGACGAGCUCAAACGCCAAGAUCCCCCAACCAACUCUAUGUGAUACCCAUCACUGAUGCCCAGCAUUACGGAUGGUGGCUACCAAGUAAUGAGCAGUGGACAAGAACGCGCAGGUUCCCUCGCAAGCACAGCGAGAUGACCAAAUUCGUGAUGGAGAUGUCCAUGACUGACCGAGAGUUUAGCUUGUUCUGACUUCUGCAGCUGGAAAAUGAAUGCUUGUGUGGCUAAUAAAUUGUUCUUCAUAUAGCGUA